CCCUGUGCUCUAGCUGCCCCUAACCAGGCGACAACAACACCCUGCAGGCGCCGGUUGGGCACUUUCUUUUUAGAUGGUUUGUGCCCUUUGGAGGCCAUUUUUAAGCUUAAUUAUCUUUACACCUUUACAAAAUGAGUGACUCGAGCAGUUCCGAGAGUGAGGAUAAUUCUCGGUACAGAGAAGCUUGUGACCCGAGCUUCGUGGUCCCGCGAGGCGGGGAGCCGCCUGCGGGAGGGACCAGCGGCCUCCUGCAGGAGGACGGGCCGCACCUCAGUCAUGGCGGGGAGACAAGGGCAUCAUUCCUUCUUGCUGGCAAGAUACAACAGUUGCUGUCUAGGAGAGGGCAUUAUCCGAUUGGUUUGAAGGUAAAUGACAGGUCAUCACCUCCAGGCAUGGAAGUACAUCACAGGAAGGCCAGCAUACCUUGCACUUUGAUGCCGCCUUCAUCACUCUCUUCCUACUUAGCCAAGCGGCUCACUGCAUUAUUAGAUACUAAUUUGAAAUUUGCUAUAACUCAUGACGAGGGUUGUGACGUUCCUGCUAAAGAAUCUAAAGACGGUUGUGGAAAUCGGCAAUCGAUCCAACUCUUAAAAAACCUCGUUAUUGGGAUCUCCACCGUAAAAGACGAUGUUCCAAAGAAGAGAAAGAAAGUCAAGAAUAAAAUGUGCUACUUUGACAGCUCAGAUGAGGAAGAAAUAGCAUCCAGAUGCUCAUCUUUGGCAGUAUCUCCAGAGUGGAUUCUUAACAAGCAGGAUGUCUACCCAUGGCUUCAUCCAAAAAAUAUUAGGUAUUUAGAAAAUUAUAAGGUUAUGAAGAAGAGAGACCAUGGAGCCAUCUUGGCAACUUCUUGUGAAAAGCCGACUACUAUGUUCAAAACAUCCCCCAACUGUGCAGGCCAGAAAAUAAAUGGGGAACUGAAUUGUGCAUUGAAGACAGAGGAGGUGGCCGAGGUCGAAUGCAAAUGUGUGAAUAAAGCAAAUAGUUGCAGCCACUGUGUAACAAUGCCAGAAAAAUAUGAGAGCAAGAAAAAAGUUAAGAGAAAACAUGACUCGAGAUCAAAAACGGGUGAUGCAAUUUGUGAAGUUCCACGUAAAACACAGAAACUGUGUCUAGAGAGACCCAACAGUGUAAAGAAAUUAAGAAAACAGUCAAGAAAGAGAGGCAAAAAGAAGAAGAUUGAACCUGGAGACAGCAGUGUAACUACAGAUUCGGGUCAGUAGUGUAUUAAAACUUAUCCUUAAUAAAAUUGUAUAUUUAA